AACAUGAAGAAACUCCUGCUGCUGGUGGCGAAGCUCGGCCUGAAACGCGCCCGCUAUGUGCGCGCAGUUGAUGCCGUCCUGUUCAGGACGAGGAAGCUCGAGCACGGCAGCGCGAUCGCUCAUGCUGCUCUCGAGGCCGUGAAUGCUUGGGCCGACGGCGUUGAGGAGAUGCAGCCUGAGCAUCCGCCGGCUGCGUACACCUGGGCAGCCAUCACCCGUCCAGCGGCCGCCGUCCAGGGCGCGGGUGGCAUCGAGCCCGUACCCCUGCAGAUG